AUGGUUAACGCUGUCAUUGUCGUUUCGGUGCUUCUUGCCUUUUUGAAACAAGGUCUCGGAAGCUCCACUGAAGACCCAAAGGUUUACAAAAAAUUAAAACGACAAGUCUGGCUAGGAGCAAUACUAGGGGUCAUUAUAUGUCUUAUCAUUGGUUGCGCCUUUAUCGGUGCAUUUUACGGUUUGGGUAAUGACAUUUGGUCCAAAUCAGAAGACUUAUGGGAAGGUAUCUUUUGUAUCAUUGCCACAGUAUUGAUCUCCUUGAUGGGUAUCCCCAUGUUGAGAAUCAACAAAAUGAAGGAAAAAUGGAGAGUCAAGUUGGCCCAGGCAUUGGUCAAACAACCAGACUCCAAAAAGGACAGAUUCAAAAUUGGCCAAUUCACAAAGAGGUACGCAUUAUUCAUCUUGCCAUUUAUCACCUGUCUUAGAGAAGGCUUGGAAGCAGUGGUGUUUGUUGGUGGUGUGGGCUUAAACCAACCAGCAACAAGUUUCCCCAUCCCCGUGAUUGUCGGAUUGAUUGCGGGUAUUGCCGUUGGUACCUUGUUAUACUACUUUGGCUCAAGUUUAUCAAUGCAAAUCUUUUUGAUCAUUUCCACCGGAAUCUUGUACUUGAUCGCCGCUGGUUUGUUCUCACGUGGUAUCUGGUACUUUGAAACAUACAAAUACAACCAAGCAACCGGUGGUGACGCUUCAGAAAACGGAAGUGGUCCUGGAACUUACGAUGUCGCCAAGUCAGUCUGGCACGUCAACUGCUGCAACCCAGAAACCGAUAACGGUUGGGAUAUCUUUAACGCUUUGCUCGGAUGGCAAAACUCAGCCACCUACGGCUCAGUCAUUUCAUACAAUAUCUACUGGUUGGCAGUAAUUGCCGUAUUGAUGUUGAUGCUCUUUGAAGAAAAACACGGCCACUUGCCAUUCUUGAAGGGAGUUACCUUGAGAUCAUUAAACCCAAUGUACCACAUCAAAAACAAAAAGAAACACGAAUUAUCUGAAGAGGAAAAGAGCAAAUUGUUUGCCCAAGUUAGACAACAAAGAUUUGCUGAACAACAAAGCGACGACAAUGUUGUACACGAAAUUGAUGAAACCGCUUCAAACAAAUUGGUAGACUCUGAAAAAGCAAGUCACUAA